AUGAUCGAGGUGCAGGAGGCGCUGACGAGCAAGUCGGCGCUGGCGCUCACGGCGGCGGCGAAUUUCCUGUCUGCAUUUGCGAUUGCCUUCAUCAUGAAUGCGCGGCUGGCGUUCAUCCUGUGUAGCAUUCUCGUAGCCAUGAUCGUGGUGACUAUGACGAGCUCGCGCUUUGCGGUCAAGAACUCGAAGAUCUCCAGGCGCUUUUACUCGAUCGGCUCGAAUGUUGCGUACGAAGCUAUUUCGAACAUCAAGUAUGUCGUCUCGUCCAACAGCCAGAAUCAAAUGGCUGAAAAGUACGAAAAGUUUAUUCGCGGCGCUGAAGAAUACGGCAUCAGGUCUCGCCUCUACAUGGCAGUGGCAUUUGGCUGGUCGAGCGGCAUGCCAAACUGGGCGUAUGCGCUGGGGUUCUGGGCAGGCGCCAAGUACUUCCUCAGCAGAGGAGAGUCUGACGUGGCAUCCGUGGUAGCCACGACGAUUACGGUGGUUAACGGUGCGUUUGCCAUGCUUCGCGUCGUUCCUCUCCUAGAGAGUUUCGUCACCAGCAUGAGCAGCCUCGGUGCCGCUUCCAAGAUCAUUCAUAGGCGGUCAGCGAUAGAUCCAUUUGCGACCGCUGGACGCAUUCCCGAUAGGCUGACGGGGGACAUCGAGCUCGAGAACGUAGAGGUCGUCUAUCCUUCUCGACAGCAUACCAAAGCGUUGAAGGGCGUUACCAUUUCCAUACCAGCUAACAAGACUACUGCCUUCGUUGGUCUCUCUGGGUGUGGCAAAAGUACCAUCCUGGGCCUGCUCGAGAGGUUUUACGAGCCCACAGCAGGAUCGAUACGCGUCGAUGGUAUUGACCUGGCUGAUCUGAACCUGUAUUGGUGGCGAAAGCAAAUGGCUUAUGUUGGACAGGAACCGACGCUGUUCAACGCCACGAUUUUCGAGAACAUCCGCCACGGCUUGAUCAACUCUGACACAGUGGCCACCAACGACGAGGAGGAUCGACAGCGUGUGAUUGCAGCUGCGAAGGCGGCAUACGCACAUGGCUUCAUCAUGGCACUGCCUCGGGGCUACGACACCGAACUCCGCGAGAAAGGUAACUCGUUAUCCGGUGGACAGCGUCAGCGCAUAGCCAUCGCUCGUGCGAUUGUCUCAGACCCCAAAAUACUUUUACUGGAUGAAGCCACAGCCGCACUUGACUCGCACUCAGAGAAGGUGAUUCAAGAAGCCUUGGAGUCUGCCUCUCGGAGCAGAACGACAAUCGUCAUCGCACAUCGCCUAUCUACAAUACGAAAUGCAGACAACAUCGUCGUCAUGCAGGCCGGAGAGGUCGUCGAGCAGGGAAACCACGACCACCUGCUCGCUCAGCGCGGACUAUAUGCUGAACUUAUCCACAAGCACCGACUGAGAACCGCAACGACAGAAACGCACACCAACGAUCAACCCUACAACAAAGAGACUCAAGGCCAUAGUCUCGACGACAUCGACGAUAUAGAGCUGCAGGAGCUUAUCGAAAACGGCGCAGAGUCUGGCAAACCCACGAGCAGCCCAAACGAGGAUCUCACAUCGCAGAACGGCACGCCAUCAGUCUGGCGCGCUCUAUGGAUGAUCCUCCACCUGAACUGGCCAGAGCGAUGGUACCUCUGCGGCGGCAUCGCGACCUCCCUGCUCGCCAGCGUCAACCUGAUCAUCCCCGCAAUCUGGUACGCGAACACGCUCAACGCCUUCUCGGUCGCCAACGCGCACGAAAUGCUGCAAAGAACAGAGUUCUGGACGUCCAUCUUCGCGGCCACGGGCAUCUACGGCUUCGUGGUGAGCCUGCUCAACGGCGUCUUCUUCGCCGUGUCCACCGAGCGACUGACCCGCCGCGUCCACGACGCCACCCUGCGCGCCAUCCUGCGCCAGAACAUCGGCUACUUCGACGACAAGGCGCACGAUCUCAUCCGCAUGGCGGCGCGGCUGAGCAGCAGCGCCACGGAUCUGAUGGGCCUGAGCGGGGUGGUCAUCGGCAGCAUCGUAACGUUUGCGUCGACGAUUGCGCUGGCGGUGGGCGUGGGGCUGGGCGUUGCGUGGAAGCUGUCUUUGUUCUGUCUCCCGCUCGUGCCCACGCUGGCGGGGCUGGGCUGGGUGCGGCUCAAGGUCAUCAUGGUGUUCGACAGCAAGAUCCGGCAGGCGGGCGAGGAAGCGGCGGCGUACGCGGGCGAGGUCGUGGGCGCGAUACGGGUCGUUGCGUCGGCCGGGUUGGAGCGGUAUGUGCUCGACCGGUACAGCACGAUUCUGGCAGCGCAAGCAACGCAGUCUCUGGGGCCUAUCCUUCGCACCUCUGCACUGUAUGCCGCGUCCCAGGGGAUCAAUUUUCUGGCCUCGGCGUUGGCGUUUUGGUAUGGCAGUUUUCUGCUCGCUCGGGGAGAGUACAACCUAACGCAGUACUACAUAUGCCUUAUUGCUCUGGUCUGGGGCGCUGCAGUCGCUGGCGCGCUGUUCAACUUUGCUCCCAACAUGAGCAAGGCGGCACUUGCUGCGCAUGAGCUGCAGCAACUGUACGACCGGACGCCAGAGAUAGACUCCUUGUCCCCGCGAGGAAAGCGAGUGACCCGGGAGGACAACGAGGGCCACAUCGCCCUGGAAAACGUCUCGCUUGCGUACCCGUCCAACCCGCAAACCAUGGUCCUGCGCCACAUCAACAUCGACAUUCCGGUGGGCAAGUUCGUUGCCAUCGUCGGCGGCAGCGGCAGCGGGAAGAGCUCAGUGAUGGCGCUGCUGGAGCGCUUCUACGACCCGACACACGGCCGCAUCAUCAUGGACGGGCAGGACCUGCGCGCGCUGCACCUCGCCAGCUACCGGCAGAUGCUAUCCCUCGUGAGCCAAGAGCCCGCCGUGUUCUCCGGCACGAUCCGCGAGAACCUGCUGAUCGGACAAGACGCGUUCGAACUCGUCAGCGAGACACGGCUGCAGGCCAGCUGCCGGGCGGCCAACAUCCACGACUUCAUUGCGUCGCUGCCGGACGGCUACGAGACGCAGGUCGGGUCCGGCGGCAGCAUGCUGUCGGGCGGGCAGAAGCAGCGGCUCACGAUUGCGCGCGCGCUGCUGCGCGACACGCCGGUGCUGCUGCUGGACGAGGCGACGUCGGGGCUGGACAACAGCAGCGAGAAGCUCGUGUUGACGGCGUUGGAGGCGUCACGGCUGGGGCGCACGACUGUUGCUAUUGCGCACCGGCUGGCGACGGUCCAGCAUGCGGAUAUUAUUUAUGUCUUGGACAAGGGGAAGCUGGUUGAACAGGGCACCCAUGGCGCGUUGCUGCGGAUGCAAGGCGUUUAUCAUGCCCUGGUUCGGUCGCAGGGGCUGUAG